AUGAUUCUUCUAGGAAAAAACCCUCAUUUGAAGUUACUUCAGUUUCUUCUCUUUUUAGUUUACCUUCAUUUCAACAGAAUCAGUUCUUAUCAGAUGGCACCUAUGAACUGUACGGAUACAAGCCGUGUUUGUACUUCUUUCAUGGCCUAUAAGCCUAACAAAAACCAGUCUUUGGGAGUGAUUCAAAGCAUGUUUGAUGUGUUGCAAAGUGACAUCACAGUUGAAGGAAAUGGUUGGGAUUAUCUAUUCAUAAGGAAGAACUGUUCUUGUGCAUCUGGUAUAAAGAAAUAUGUGUCUAAUACAACUUACACUGUGAAAUCCAAUGAAGGGUUUGUGGAUGAUUUGGUGAUGGAGGCCUAUGAUGGGCUUAUUUUGCUUCCCAACACUUCAAGGAAAGCCAGGAAUGGUGCUGUGAUAUCAUUGAGGUUGUUUUGUGGAUGUUCUAGUGGAUUGUGGAACUAUUUCUUGAGUUAUGUGUUGAGAGAUGGAGAUAGUGUUGAAUCUUUGGCAAGUAGAUUUGGGGUUAGUAUGGAUAGUAUUGAGGAUGUGAAUGGUCUUGAUGGACCUGAUAAUGUCACUGUCGGUUCACUUUAUUAUAUUCCUCUUAAUUCUGUUCCUGGUGAUCCUUAUCUUGUGAACAAUGCUUCUCCACCAGCUUCUGUUCCUACCCCUUCUGUUGAUAAUUUUUCAGGUGAUGAGGUUAAUCAUAAGUAUCAUGUACCCUUUGGAUGGAUCAUUGGGGGUUUAGGAGUUGGUCUUAUUCUGAUAAUAUUUGGCAUCAUUCUAUGUGUUUGCAUUAAAUCGUUGAGUUGUUUCUCUGAUUCUAGAAGUCAUGAAAAAGAUGAUGAGCGAAAGGUCUCUCAUAAAUUCCAUAUUCUUCGGAACCCAAGUUUUUUUUGUGGUUCUGGAAGGUACAUAUGUGGUAAACAUGUUGACCAGAAGCAGACAGACGGUGACUCUAGCAAUCACACGAUUACCGUUCCAAAAGCUUCAACUCUUGGACCUGACGUAUUUGACAUGGAUAAACCGGUAGUUUUUGCAUAUGAAGAGAUUUUUUCCUCAACGGAAGGUUUCUCUGAUUCAAAUCUACUUGGACAUGGAACAUAUGGAUCUGUGUACUAUAGCCUCCUCCGCGACCAGGAAGUUGCUAUUAAAAGAAUGACAGCUACAAAAACAAAAGAGUUUACAUCAGAGGUUAAAGUUCUGUGCAAGGUUCAUCAUGCUAACCUGGUAGAAUUGAUUGGCUAUGCAGCUAGUCACGACGAGCUUUUCCUAGUUUAUGAAUAUGCUCAAAAGGGUUCACUUAGAAGCCAUUUGCAUGAUCCUCAGAAUAAGGGUCAUUCGCCACUUUCUUGGAUCAUGAGGGUCCAAAUCGCACUUGAUGCUGCUAGGGGACUUGAAUAUAUACAUGAACACACAAAAGCUCAUUAUGUUCACCGCGAUAUCAAGACGAGCAACAUUUUACUUGAUGCUUCCUUUAAAGCAAAAAUAUCAGAUUUUGGAUUGGCGAAACUUGUCGGGAUAACAAACGAGGGAGACGUUUCUACUACCAAAGUUGUUGGUACAUAUGGAUAUCUUGCUCCAGAAUACUUGACUGACGGCCUUGCAACGAUCAAAAGUGAUGUCUAUGCAUUUGGUGUUGUUGUUUUUGAGAUUAUAACUGGAAAGGAGGCUAUUAUUCGAACAGAAGGCAUGAUGACAAAAAAUCCUGAAAGACGGUCGCUGGCCUCAAUUAUGUUAGCGGUUCUUAAGAACUCACCUGAUUCCUUGAGCAUGUCAAGCAUGAGAGAUUACAUUGAUCCAAAUAUGAUGAAUCUGUAUCCUCAUGAUUGUGUAUUUAAGAUGGCUAUGCUAGCGAAGCAAUGUGUGGACGACGAUCCGAUCUUACGACCUGAUAUGAAACAAGUAGUGAUUUCCAUCUCACAGAUUCUACUCUCUUCUAUUGAGUGGGAAGCAACACUAGCUGGAAACAGUCAAGUAUUCAGUGGACUUGUUCAAGGAAGAUAG